GUCACACGCAUCUCGCCAGGUAGGUACAGAAGUCCAUCGUGCAGAAUGAAAACAACUGUUGCGUAAACUUCAUUAAUUACACGGAAGCAGAUCGCACGUUUAAACGGAUUCACAUUUUGGAAGGAUCAUGGCAGAGAAACCUCAGCUGGUCAAUGCUUCACCAGAGGACGUUGAGACUGAUGAGUGCAUGAGCACAUACACACACAUCUACAGCCCUGAGCUUCUCAUUGAUCAGGUGGCCUUUAUAACCGGUGGAGGGUCAGGUAUUGGGUUUCGAAUAGCAGAAGUUCUUAUGAGGCAUGGUUGUGACACGGUCAUUGCCAGCAGAAAUCUGGAGAAACUCACUGAGGCUGCAAAAAAGUUAACCAGCACUACAGGCAGACAGUGUUUGCCAAUUGCCAUGGAUGUGCGUCAUCCAGAGACAAUUUCUACUGCUCUGGAUGAAGCCUUGAAGACAUUUGGACGUGUUGACAUACUCAUUAACAAUGCUGCAGGUAAUUUCUUGUGUCCAGCUACAUCAUUAUCAUUUAACGCUUUCAAGACAGUAAUGGAGAUUGACACUAUGGGAACUUUCAACACCAGUAAAGUCAUCUAUGACAAAUGGUUCAAGGAUCAUGGCGGCUCCAUUGUUAACAUUUCUGCCACACUGGGAUACAGAGGUCAGGCUCUCCAGGUGCAUGCUGGGUCAGCGAAGGCGGCAAAUGAUGCCAUGACGAGGCACUUGGCGGUCGAGUGGGGCCCCUGCGGUGUGAGGGUGAACACAGUGGCUCCGGGGCCCAUCUCUGGUACAGAGGGAUACCGUAGACUGGGUGGCUCACAUUCCGAGUCAGCGGGGGUUUUCCGCAGCAUUCCACUGCAAAGAGCCGGCAAUAAGACGGAGAUCGCACAUGCAGUUCUUUUCCUGGCCAGUCGCGCAUCUUCAUACGUCACCGGCGCUAUACUGGUCGCAGAUGGAGGGGCGUGGCUUACCUCAGCCAAUGACGUGGAGCGGCUGCUGGGUAUUAUCUCAUCUCGCUCUGCUAAACUAUGAACAGACAGCACUGCACACAGGUUUUUGGUCUGCAGAGAAAAGAAAGGAUAAAUAGAAUGAAUUUAGAGGAUGAAAUCAACAGCAAUGAACCAGUUGAUCGUGCCAACACCUGUAUGAUAAUUGUUGAAUUUUACAAAAACAUCCAUAUUGUUUUUCUACAUUAAAUUAACUAACAAAAUAAAGAAAUUUUGUUCUGUGUUAAAAAAAAUUAAGCAUAAUUUUAGGACUUUUAUAAAUAAACCUAUUACUCCCAAAUUCAGAUUUUCAUAAUGAUGAUGUACAUUUUUUAAGUAGUAGAUUCUCAUUCGUUUCAUUGGAUUUUCAGCAUAAAUUAUCAUCAGUACAAAGAACAAAUUCCAAUUUUAAUCAAAUUCAUGUUUUCCUACUUUAUGAUGAUGAGUUUCUUUUAUCUCUUUACAGAAAUGACUGCAUUUUUAUGCAAAUAUAUUUUCCAAUUUUCUUCCUUUAAUUUUGAGGUGAAAUAUGACGAACAUGUUUAGAAUGUUAUGAGAUAUUUGUAGACACCCUUAAACUGUGUCUUGCCAUUACAUAAAAGUUAUUUACAUUUCAAGCAUAUUUAACCACAGAGUAUUAUUAAUUAUAAUGUAUUUACUUCUGGUAUCAUAAAUGACCACUUUAGCACUACAUUAAUGGCGUUUUUUAAUUUUCAGUUACAGUACAUGUAUACAUUUUUAAACAAAAAUGAUUGUGUUCUUAUGUACGUAACUGUUGUCAUAAUAAAUCUUUUAU